GUUCGGCCUCUGCACGAGCGCGGAGAGCUAUCCUCAGAACCUCGUGCCCUUGAACAGCAGUUGCUCACUCAGAUGCAACGGGUCAGUAGCGGUCUCCCCAAAGGGAGCCAGGUGGCGUCCCGGUGUCCCAGCGCAGCCCUCGCAGAACAGAACCAGGUGGCUACGGUGCCGGUGUGGCAGCUCAGGGAUGAUGUGACAGCUGUGCGGGACGACGUCCACGCGGAGAAUGGUUUCCAGAUGAAGAUGGAUGCCCACGGCUUCACCCCAGAGGAGCUGGUGGUGCAAGUGGACAGCCAGUGCCUGAUGGUGACCGGCCAGCGGCAAACGGAGAGCUACAGUCCUAAUGGGGGCUCCUACCGCAUGGCGCAGAAGGUGCAUCGCCAAAUGCUACUGCCCCCGGAUCUAGAUCGCGGAGCCAUGACCUGCUGCUUAACCCCCUCGGGCCAGCUGUGUGUCCGAGGCCAAUGCCGGGCGCUGCCUUCCCCUGAAGCCCCAACAGGACAGUCCUCGAGAGUCAGGAGUCGCAACUCUAAGAAGGGUUCCAACCUAGCCUGA